UUAAGAUAUCAAUGUAAAAGCGUCUAUACAAAACAUCUAUUGCUAUUUGUUUACAGUUUAAUCUAUUAUCGAAUGAAAAAGUAUUACCUUUGUUUGUUUUCUUUUGACAAUAAAAAGUCAGAGUCAAAUUCAAACAAUUUCAUAAAGUGAGAUGCUUUGGUAAGAACGCUUAUUCCUCGAAGUAAUGAAGCGUCUUCUUUUCAACAUAGGCCGAAAUUCGGCUUGUCAACAAUGGUCUAGAUAUUUUUCCAGUGAACCAUCUUCUCAAGCCAGUACUGUUGUCAUCGGAGGAGGAUGCUGUGGUGUAAGUUUAGCUUAUCAUUUGGCAAAGGCUGGUCAGAAGGAUGUAGUUCUUCUGGAAAAAACAGAAUUAACGGCUGGUUCAACUUGGCACGCAGCUGGUUUAACAACCUAUUACAAUCCUGGUAUCAAUAUGAAGAAAAUCCACCAUUACAGUUUAAGCCUGUUCAACCAACUGGAGAAGGAAACAGGUCAGCCUGUUGGUCUUCAUAAGUGUGGUAGUUUGAGAAUUGCACAAACACCAGACAGAGUGGAUGAAUUUCGUCAUCAAAUGUCGAGACAAGGGUGGAAUGAAGCCGAACAGAGACUGGUAUUACCAGAAGAAAUAAAAGAGAUGUUUCCUCUUUUAAACAUGGAUACGAUAUUGGCUGGUUUAUACAAUCCUGGAGACGGCCACAUAGAUCCAUAUUCCUUAACACAGGCCAUGGCCGCAGGGGCUAGAAAAUAUGGAGCCAAACUUAUUCAAAAUGCGCCUGUUCAUGGUUUAAAACAGAGAUCUGACGGAAAAUGGGAAGUAGAUACCGUCGGUGGAACUAUUAUUGCUGACAGGAUUGUCAACACUGCUGGGUUUUGGGGAAAACACGUGGGUGAAUUGGCUGGUAUCCAUCACCCUUUGGUGCCCAUUCAUCAUCAAUACGUCGUGACGAAAACCAUACCUGAAGUUAAGGCGUUGAAAAAAGAACCACCCGUUCUAAGAGAUCUUGAAAAUUCUUAUUAUCUUAGACAAGAACGAGAUGGACUAUUAAUAGGUCCUUAUGAACGACAAAGUCUCAUGAAAAUGAGCGUUGAUUGGUAUGAUGACGCUCCACCUGCAGAUUUUGGUCGAGAAUUAUUUGAAUCUGAUUUGGAAAGGCUGGAAGAUUAUUUAUCAGCCGCUAUGUCACUGAUUCCAGCUAUGGAGAAUGCUGAGAUACAAACUGUUGUUUGUGGUCCGAUAACUUAUUCUCCAGAUCUGUUGCCAAUGGUCGGCCCACACAGGGAAGCAGACAAUUAUUGGACUAUCAUUGGAGCCUCCUACGGGAUAAUUCAUUCUGGUGGAUUGGGAAAAUACGUUAGCGACUGGAUAAUUAAUGGGGAGCCUAGUUUCGAUCUGAUUGAAACCGACCCCAAUCGAUACUCAACUUGGACAAAUCGAGAAUAUACUCUGGCAAAAAUUAGAGAAAGCUAUGGUAUGAAUAACGCGCUGGCUGUUCCUCAUGAAGAAAGAGAAGCGGGAAGACCUACUAUAAGGGUCAACAUGGAACUUUUCAAGGCGUUGAAAGCCAAAGGUGGAGAAUUCGGCUUUAAAUCAGGGUGGGAAAGUCCAUUAUGGUUUGCGAAAGAGGGAGAUGAGUCAGGCUAUAAGCCAAGCUUCAGGAGAACGAACUGGUUCGAACCUGUUCGAAGAGAAACAGAGUUGGUCAUGGAAAAAGUAGGAGUUAUUGACUUGACAUCUUUCGCUAAAUUUAACGUUGAGGGAAAAGACGCGUCAGCUUUUAUGGACUAUGUAGGGGCUAAUAAUAUCCCAAAAGAAGGCAAGAUUGCUUUGUGUCAUUUACUCACGCCCAGUGGAAAGGUCUAUGGAGAGUUAACCGUGUCUGCCUUACCCGACGGCUCCUAUUUUUGUGUGACCGGUGCUGGAUCAGAAUUUCACGAUUUACGAUGGAUGGAGACGAUUGCUAAAGAAAAGGGGUUCAAUGUUUCUAUUUCCAAUUGCACAGAGAAAUAUGGCUGCCUCGGUCUUGCCGGACCAAAGUCGAGAGAUGUUAUGAAACGUUUAGUUGAUAAUGAUUUAGAUAUUUCCAACGAAGCUUGGAAUUUUAUGGAAGUCAAAGAUAUUCAAAUGAAAGGUAUAAAUGUGCGGGCCUUAAGAGUAUCGUAUACUGGUGAAUUGGGCUGGGAAUUAUAUAUGGAUAUGGCAGAUACAAUAAAGAUUUAUAAUAUGAUCCAAGAAGAGGGAGAAUCAUUUGGAGUAGGUGAUUUCGGAGGCUUUGCGCUAAAUAGUUUGAGAUUGGACAAGGGCCUUAGGGCUUGGGGAUUAGAGAUGAAUAUGGAUAAAGAUCCCAUUCAAGCUGGUCUUGGAAUGUUUAUUAAAACAAAUAAGAAAGUGGAUUUCGUUGGAAAGGAGGCGAUUAAAAAAAUGCUGUCCAAUAGGCCUACAAAUGUGUUGAGUUUUCUACACAUAAAAACUGAUGAUAUUGAUUCCGAAGGCAACGAAUCGGUAUGGUAUAAUGGAAAAGUCGUCGGUAAUACAACAUCCGGAACGUAUAGUUACACAGUCAACACAAAUGUUGCAUUCGCAUAUUUACCAAUUGAUUUAAGUGUUCCCGGAAGUAAAGUUCAAGUAGAACUUUUGGGCAAGUUUUAUGACGCAAUAGUACAAAAAGGACCACCGUUAAAGAUUGAAAGUGUAAGAGCACCGGAAGAAAUAGAGGAGAUACGUAAACACUUUACUAAUUAA